GAACAUGGCGAGCGGAAGUAGACGUCACCCAGUGCCAACUGCCAGCCAACGGGGCUCUGAGGUCGAGCUGUUCUUUCUAUGGGAGGAAAAGCACUUUUCUCCGUCCCCGCGGCCUUCGUACGCUUUUUUUACAGUGGAGUCAUUCGUUAGUUAACACGCGCGCACGCAGCAAGAUAGACAACGCGUAGUACCCUCGCCACUGCAAAUAUGUUUAUUUGGGACUGGUUCGCCGGGGUGCUUAAUUAUCUCGGAUUAUGGAAGAAGAGUGGCAAGCUUCUUUUCUUGGGUUUAGAUAACGCAGGUAAAACCACGCUGCUUCACAUGCUCAAAGAUGACCGUUUAGCUCAACACGUGCCCACGUUGCAUCCAACAUCUGAAGAGUUGUCUAUUGGAAAUAUGAGAUUCACGACUUUUGAUCUUGGAGGUCAUACUCAAGCGCGUCGAGUAUGGAAGGAUUAUUUCCCAGCUGUCGAUGCUAUAGUGUUCCUUGUUGACGCAAGCGACAGAACAAGAUUACCAGAAUCAAAAGCCGAGCUCGAUGCGUUGUUAACCGAUGAGCAGCUCAGCGCGUGUCCGGUACUCGUGCUAGGUAAUAAAAUCGACAAACCAUCUGCAGUGUCUGAGGAUGAACUCAGGAAUUUCUUCAGUCUGUACGGACAAACAACAGGAAAGGGUAAAAUUGCUCGCAGCGAAAUACCUGGCCGUCCACUGGAGCUGUUUAUGUGCUCAGUUUUAAAGCGACAAGGGUAUGGUGAAGGCUUCCGCUGGCUGGCACAGUAUAUCGAUUGAACAUAUUAAAUCCAACGGGCAGAUUUUUUUCGACAGUUUCAUCGUACAUUUCCCUUUCCACUGGUAACGGCGUCGAUGCCAGAAUUGUAAUAUCUUUCACGUGAAUUCAGCAGUAGGAGAGGAUUAUCGUUUCACUGGUCGCAAAAAAAGAAAAAGAAAAAAAACAACUAAGCAGUAAUCGAGGUGCGGGACGAUUUUUACAGUUAGAGACAGAAGAUUUAUUAUUCUCGGGAGAAUGUUCUUGAGAACACCAUAUACGCAUAUAUGAUAGGGCUAAUUUCUUUCGUUAACACGUGAAGUCCCAUCCAUCCCGGAAAAAGUCCCAUUCUAUGAAUAUUUGGAGCUCCGUACUGGUUCUGUGGAAUCAUUUCCUAUCAUUUUGCAAGUCACACUAGGGGAAUUAUCGUUCACACGUGCUGAAGAAUGAAAAAUAAAAACGUUUUUGAUAAAUAAAACUAAUAAACUAUUUAAGAAUUCCAAA